AUGAGCACACCUUUCAGCUCCGGCAUCUAUGUGAGCCGCAGACUGGCCCUGCUGCUGGCGGGACUGACGGCUGCGCUCCUGCUGGUGCUAGUGGUUCUGGCUGCCCUGUAUGGCAACUGCGCGCGCGUCCAGCCUUCGGAGCAGCAUUGUCCCGACUUAUCUCCUCCUAGUGGCCAGGACCGGACGCCACCAACCCGGACACCAGAGACUGCACAUGAGCCAAAGGUGGCCACCACCCCUCAAGACUGGCGACCACCGUCGGGGCCCUGGGAUCAUCUCCGCCUGCCGCCCUGGCUUGUCCCUCUUCACUACGAUCUGGAGUUGUGGCCCCGGCUCCGGCCAGAAGACGGGUGCACACCGAAUUUGACCUUCACGGGUCGCGUGAACAUCACUGUGCGCUGCACAGUGGCCACCUCGAGACUUUUGCUGCACAGCUUUUUGCUGAAUUUCAAGCAAGUGGAAGUGUGGGGUCCCUUGGCCCUGGGCACUAGAAACGCCACUGUAGGCAAGGUGCUGGUGGACAAUGUGUGGUUCACGCGCGACAUGCAAUAUGUGGUACUGGAGCUGGCCCAGGCCUUGUGGCCAGGUAGCACGUAUGAGCUGCAUUUCGAUUUCUCUGGCCAGGUUCUUCAGGAAUUCUCAGAGGGGCUUUUCCUGAACCUCUACACUGAUCAGGAUGAGCUCAGAGCCCUGAUUGCAUCUCAAAUGGAACCAACAUUUGCCAGGAAUGUUUUCCCCUGUUUUGAUGAGCCAGCUCUAAAGGCAACUUUUAAUAUUACAAUUAUUCAUCACCCUGAGUAUGUGGCUCUUUCCAAUAUGCCACAGCUAGGUAAGUCUGAAAGAAUCGAUGUGAAUGGAAGCAAAUGGACUGUCACGACCUUCCACACCACACCCCGCAUGCCAACUUACCUGGUUGCACUCACCAUAUGUGACUUCGACCACGUCAGCAGAACUGAGAGAGGCCAGGAGAUACGUAUCUGGGCCCGGAAAGCUGACAUUGCAAGUGGAAAGGCAAACUUUGCUGUAAACAUCACAGGUCCCAUCUUCUCAUUUCUGGAGGAUUUGUUUGAUAUCGAUUAUCCACUUCCAAAAACAGACAUAGUUGCCUUGCCUUCUUUUGACAACCGUGCAAUGGAAAACUGGGGACUGCUGCUAUUUGAUGAAGCAUAUUUGUUGCUGGAACCAGAUGAUGAUCCAAUAGCGAAAAAGGCUACGAUCUUGGCUAUCAUCUCCCAUGAGGUUGGGCACCAGUGGUUCGGAAACCUGGUGACCAUGAGCUGGUGGAACCAUAUCUGGCUCAAUGAGGGCCUUGCAUCUUACUUUGAACUUGGAAUAAUUAACUACUUCUAUCCUAAACUUGCAAGGGAUGUGAUCUUUUUUUUCCGCACUUUACAUGGUGUUCUCGGAGAAGACCAUGCCCUGGAGUCUAGAGCUGUGUCCACUGAGGUGGACAACUUCACAGAAACCAGGGAUAUAAACGAACUCUUUAACCUAUAUACUUACAGCAAGGGAGCGUGUAUGGCCCGGAUGCUUGCUGGUUUCCUGACCCAGAGCUUGUUUAUCAAUGCUCUUAAGUCAUAUUUGGAGACAUUUUCUUACUCAAAUGCCGACCAAGAUGAUCUAUGGAGUCAUUUUCAAAUGGUAAUUAAAAUCAUCACAAAACCACAUAAUUUGUCAGCAACAGUAAAAAGCAUAAUGGACAGCUGGACAUACCAAGGUGGCUUUCCAGUCCUCACCUUGAAUGUGACUACAGGUGUUGUGAAACAAGAGCCAUUUUAUCUUGAGAAGGUUGAGAACCAGACUCUUGUAAGCCACAAUCACUCAUGGAUUAUCCCUAUUUUUUGGAUGAAAAAUGGAACCACGCAACCUUUAGUCUGGCUAGAUAAAAGGAGAAUGGUAUUCCCUGGGAUGAAACUUUCAGAUUCUGGCAGUGACUGGGUGAUUUUGAACUUCAACAUGACUGGAUACUACAGAGUUAAUUAUGAUGAGUUGGGCUGGAAGAAGUUAAAGCAACAGCUUGAAAAGGAUCCUAAGGCCAUUCCUGUCAUUCACAGGCUGCAGCUGGUGAGCGAUGCUUUUGCCUUGUCUAAAAACAAUUAUCUUGAGAUUGAGACAGCCCUUGAUUUAACCAAGUACCUUGCUGAAGAAGAUGAAGUCCUAGUAUGGUUUGAAGCCUUGGUAAACUUGAUAAACAGGAAAGUUAUUUAUGAUGUGAACAACUAUGCCUUCCACCCAUUAUUGAAGAAGUAUUUACUAAAGAGACUUAACUCAAUAUGGAAUACUUACUCAGCUAUAAUUAGAGAAAAUGUGGCCGCAUUACAAGACAAUUAUUUAGCUCUACUAUCACUGGAAAAACUUUACGAAAGCGCCUGUUGGUUAGGUCUCGAAGACUGUCUCCAGCUGUCUAGAGAGCUCUUCAGAAAGUGGAUGGCUCAGCCAGAGAACAGAAUACCUUUACAGAUUGAAAGAGUGGUUUUAUGCAAUGCCAUUGCUCUGGGAAGCUAUGAGGAGUGGGACUUCUUGUUAAAUUUUUACAUCAAUAAAACAGAGGAACAUGAAGACAUCUAUCUUAUUCAUGGGAUGAUCUGCAGUAAAGAUCCAUGGAUACUUAACAGACUUAUGGAGUAUGCCAUCACUGUGUCUCCAUCCCACUUUAAUGAAACAAAUAUUAUAGAAACUGUGGCAGAAUCUGAAGUUGGCCGGUACGUUGUGAAGGACUUUCUAAUCAACAACUGGGCAGCUGUGAGUGAAAGGUAUGGACCAGAAUCGCUGGAUGGUCUAGUGGGGGUCUUAGGGAGGACUGUAAGCACAGACCUACAGGUUAUGGAGUUGCAGCAGUUCCUUAGUAAUGUGUUGGAGGAGCACCAGAGGAUUGCGGCUCACGCCAAAUUACAGGCAAUAAAGACAGAGAAUCUGAAAAACAAGAAGAGAAUUGCCAGGAUAGUUGAGUGGCUUCGGAAAAACACAUAA